CAGGGGUUUUCUGGUUCAGUUGUAAAUUUCAUUCACCAUUUUGAUUUCCUGCAAGUGAUGGAAAAUUAUCUUCGAGUGCUUCAUGUCAGAAAGACCAUAAGCGGAGGCCAUCCACAUCGGAUCUGCUUUAAUAUCAACAGAUCUUCGAUUAAGGUGACAUUGGGCAUACUUACAUAUCGGUCCUGGGAUCAAGAUGCUGACCUCUUCUGUUUCUCGGACCUGCCUGAUCCAUCCUGGUGCCCUGUGUCUGGUUGGAGUCUCAUUGCAUCGCUCCUGUGGAGGGCGGCCCCAUGUGGACAGUUGGGAGUCGUGCCUAGAGGACGCUCUGGACUCUUGCGGUGGUGCUUUUGUGGCUGGGGAGUGCAGUUGACUUGCUGACUUUAGGGCUGCAGUUGUCGUGAAUGGUUUUGCACUCGGGUUUCCAUCGGUGGGGAGUUUAUAGCAUUAACGAAGCUGACUUUGUUAGGACUGUUAAUGUUAUAGUCAUGUUGUCUGUUGUUGCCCAAAUGAGGAUGGGUUCCCUUCCGAGUCUGGUUCCUCUCGAGGUUUCUUCCUCAUGUCGUCUGAAGGAAUUUUUCCUUGCCACCAUCGCCACAGGCUUGCUCAUUGGGGAUAGAUUAGGGAUAAAAUUGGCUCAUGUUUUAAGUCGUUCAAAUUCUGUAAAACUGUUUUGUGACAGUGUUUAUUGUUAAAAGCGCUAUACAAAUAAACUUGACUAUCUCUAUUGCACUGCUCCAUUUGAGAUAUUUGUAACCCAGUGAGUUCCAUCUGGAAGUGACUUUCAGUAUGCAUCUCUGCUGGGAGGGUUUUGGGUACAAUUUUGAUUUGUCUCUGGUACAUCUGUAAAACAAAGUGCAUAAGUCAAAUGAAGUUACUGGCAGGGAUCCAGGAAAACCGGAAAAAAGGGGGGGGGGCACCAGAGGCACCCGGAAGCUCUGCAGUUUUUAAAUGUCUGGAGAUGCAUUUUGAGCUGUCAGAGACGUGUUGUAAAUGAAAUUUCUUCAAGAAAAUUAUCAUAUCAAAAAUGUCUUAAGUAGGAACUUUCAAAACCAUUUUAUUAGUCACUGAAAAUGAUGGUCAGUUUUGCAGGUAUAGGUGUAGAACAUAAUUACAACUGAUGUAUGGUAAUGUCUAUGAAAGUUGCACUGUCAUAAUGCAUUACCACAUGACACACUACAGUGUAGUACACUGACCACGAAACACCUCAUACCAAUAAAUUAUUACUAUUUUAGCAACUGCAAUCUGAGCUCCUGCUCAGGACAUUGUGUAAAUAUAAGGCAGUGAAUAUACCACAGGUAAACUGAGGUAAUGUCAGUGGCCACUUAAGAAAGAAACCAUGUAAAGUUCAACCUGCAAUGCUGAGAUGAAGGAAUCACGCCGGCAAGUUUAAACAUCAAGACUCCUAUUCCAACCAAAAACGCAAAGAAGGCCGUGGACAGAGCGCAAAAGACACUAAUCAAAGAAAGGAUACGAUGUACAGCGAACAAAAUAAAAAAACAUCAGCGCGGAGCUAGAGCGACAAUUGGAACAGUGGAAACAACUUUUCCCCCUCACCAAAGAAAUGGACAUGCUGGUGCAAGAACACCUCCAUGAAAUACAUGAAAAGGAAUUUACAAAAACGAAGACUCGUCACAUCGAAAAACUGGAAAGAUUAGUCGCCAAGAAAAGAUAACAGGAGCAGAGCAACACCAUGACAAGUGAGAAAUGGAUACAUAACAUAUCGACACAUGAACUGACUGAAACGGAGCGCAGCAUCCUGAUGUGAGGACUUAAUUAUGCUAUUACACCGCACAAGAUCCCACAUGAGGAUUUCAUCCUAGCAAUGGAGCUGGCAUGCGAAAAAAUACAGGACCAAGGACAAAAAGCAGAAUUAAGCAAUGAAAUAGCAGGAAUACUGAAGUCCGCAAAACUACCACCAAGCAACAUUUCAAAACAAGAAGAAAAAGCUAUAAGAAACUUGGCCAAGAACAAAAAUUUCAUGAUAUUACCCGCAGACAAAGGCAGAACAACAGUCAUAAUGGAUACGGCACAAUACGAAAACCAAAUGAACAGUAUGUUGGCAGACACCACCACAUAUAUGAGGUCCUCAAGAAAGACCCUACAGAGGACAAGAAGAAAAAACUAAAAGCUUUACUGAAGCCUUUAUUGGACACCAACAAAAUUGAAAAACAGGCAUACAACUUAAUACCCGCAGCCAGCAUAACCCCCCGGAUCUAUGGCACACCAAAAAUACAUAAACCAGGAGCACCGUUACAUCCGAUUGUGGACAGCAUCGGAUCAGUUACCUACAACCUGUCUAAAGCACUUGCGGAGAUAAUCAAACCACUGCUGGGCCAAACAGAACAACAUUGCAAAAACUCAAAACAACUAGCAGAACAACUCAGUAAGAUGAAAAUGGAGAAGGAUGAAAUUUUAAUAUCACACAACGUUGUCUCCCUAUUCACAAAAACCUCGGUGGAAGCUACAUUGCAAAUCGUACAACAGCGCAUCAAAACAGAUAAGACUCUCAAGAAACGCACACAGUUAUCAGUAGAAGACAUCAGUCAACUGCUCAAUUUCAUUGCCACAUCCACAUACUUCCAGUUCCGCAGAACAAUAUACAGGCAGAAGGAGGGGUUUGCGAUGGGGGACCCACUCUCUGCCAUAAUGUGUGGCUUCUUCAUGGAACACCUUGAAAGAGAGGCUAUUACAUCUGCCCCAGCAGAAUGCAGGCCCACAUUAUGGAGGAGGUAUGUACAUGACAUCCUGGAGAAAGUAAAAGUCGGACGCACUCAACAAUUGACUGAUCACCUCAACUCCAUAGACCACACCGGCAACAUAAAAUUUACGCAUGAAGAGGAAACAGAAAAAUCAAUAGCGUUUUUGGACAUAAAAAUUCACCAUGCAGACGACGGAGACAUCAAAAUAACAAUCUACAGAAAACCGACACACACUGAUCAAUAUCUGCUCUGGAUGUCUGAACACCCCGUCGCACACAAACUGUCAGUUGUCAGAACACUCUACGAACGUGCAGCAAUCAUAACCGAUCCCACAGAACGCGUAAUAGAAGAACAACACAUAUGGCAAGCUUUGAUCACAUGUCAAUAUCCACCAUGGGCCAUACACAAAGGCGCACAACAGGUGAAAACAAAAGAAAAGACACAGAUGAAAAAAGGAAGAAAACAGACAACCCAAAAACAGGAAAGCAAAGCAGUAGUGACUCUAUGUCAGAGGAGUUACAGAACGAAUCCAAAGAGCCAUGAAAAAACACAACAUACAAACACCCGUGAAACCACACACAAAACUACGACAGCUACUAGUUCACCCUAAGGACAAAAUCGACCAACACAAUAAAUGCAAUGUCAUAUAUGAAAUACCAUGCCAGUCAUGCAAUAAAACCUACAUUGGGGAGACAGGAAGGAGCUUUAGGACACGAAAAAAGGAACAUAAAAAGGAAUGUGAAAAAGAAACAGAACAGAGACAAACGAGCAAAAAAAGAUAAAGCCACGCAAGAGAACCUCAAAUCAGCAAUAACAGACCAUUGCAGAAGGGAAAAUCAUAUAAUGGACUGGGACAAUGCUCAAAUCAUACAACAAGAGAACAACAGAUACCACCGUUGGAUUAAGGAGUCAAUAGAAAUCAGAAAGCGUAGCCCAAGAAAAAUAAACAGGGAUGAGGGGGCAUACAUGCUCUCCCAACACCUGGAGCGCCGUCCAGAGGGGGCAACACUGACAGCGGGAGGUGUGACCGACCUGUCAAUGUUGACAGGGAGGGCACACCUCCGUAACAUCAGCUGAUUACAAAAGCACGUCACACACCAACAUCCGGGUGACCCUCUGAUGAAGAUGGAAGUUACACCGUCGAAACAUGUCAGAGCUAUUGUAAUGAGUUCAGCAGGAGACAGUCAGUGCUCCUUCAGGAAGUCUUGGGCUCCUGAUUCCUCACAGCUGUGUGAGGAUGUGAAAACAGAGACUUCAGAUGGAGGGAUAGCUGAACCGUCAGAAGUCUUUGUGAAGAAAGAGGAGAUGCUGGAGCUGAAAAUCUGCGGUCAUGGAGACGACCUUGCCAAACCACCUGAAGCUCUCUCCAUUAAAGAGGAAGAGCCUGACAAUAAAGACUACCUCUAUUGUGAAGUUUGCAAAUCCUUCUUCUUCAACAAGUGUGAGGUUCAUGGUUCGCCCCUGUUCAUCCCUGAUGUUCCUGUUCCCAUGGGAGUCCCUGACCGAGCCAGACAAACUCUUCCUCCUGGGCUAGAGAUUCAGAAGUCUGGUAUUCCUGAUGCAGGCCUCGGUGUGUUUAAUAAGGGAGAGACUGUUCCAGUAGGUGCACACUUCGGACCUUACCAAGGAGACCUGGUAGACAGUGAAGAAGCCACAAACAGUGGAUACUCCUGGGUGCUAUGCAGGAGCAGGCAGUCUGAAGAAUACAUGGAUGCCAAAAGAGAAAUGUAUGCGAAUUGGAUGAGGUAUGUGAAUUGUGCCCGUUGUGGUGAUGAACAGAAUCUUAUGGCAUUUCAGUUUCGAGGGGAAAUUCUGUAUCGUUGCUGUCGACCCAUUAACCCAGGACAGGAGCUCUUGGUGUGGUAUGAAGAGGAAUAUUCCAAAGAACUCAAUCCUGUGUUUGACUACCUCUGGAACAAAAGGUGCCCUACAAAUGAAGUAAACAACGGUCUGCUGCAAGCUUUUUCCUGCUCCACAUGUCCUCUUUCCUAUGCAUCUCAAAUUUACCUCAACAGACACAUCCAGAGAUGCCACUAUAAAGAGUAUGAGAGACUGCAGGAAUCAGGUGAGCUUCAGAUCCUCUCCAAAGGCUCCAGUAGUCAGCCAAAAUCAUCAGAUACUCUCAGUUUUGACACUUCUCACAAUGAUGUGCAGAAGGAAAUUCACCACCGCUCAAACUGUAAAAAGAGUUUUGGUCAUGGGAAUGUCCUCAAAACACACCAGUGUAGUCAUAUAGGAGGAAAUCCACAUCACUGCUCACAGUGUGGAAAGAGUUUUACUCGACAGAGUGCUCUCCAACGACACCAGCGUGUUCACACAGGAGAGAAACCGUAUCACUGCUCCCAGUGUGGAAAGAGUUUUACUCAUCAGAGUCAUCUCCAAACACACCAGCGCAUUCACACAGGAGAGAAGCCGUAUCACUGCUCACAGUGUGGAAAGCGUUUUACUCAACAGAGUCAUCUCCAAAUACACCAGCGCAUUCACACAGGAGAGAAGCCAUAUAUUUGCUCACAGUGUGGAAAGAGUUUUACUCAACAGAGUCAUCUCCAAAUCCACCAGCGCAUUCACACAGGAGAGAAGCCAUAUCGCUGCUCACAGUGUGGGAAGAGUUUUACUGAUCAGUGUGCACUUCAACGACACCAGCGCAUUCACACAGGAGAAAAGCCGUAUCGCUGCUCACAGUGUGGGAAGAGUUUUACUCGACAGACUACUCUCCAAAUACACCAGCGCAUUCACACAGGAGAAAAACCGUAUCACUGCUCACAGUGUGGGAAGAGUUUUUCUCGACAGAUUCAUUUCCAAAAACACCAGCGCAUUCACACAGGAGAGAAACUGUAGUAGCUUCCAUAGUGUGGAAAGGCAUUUUAUUCUGCUACAUUUAAAACCCACAACUGCACUAACCUGAGACCAUGUAGGAUUUUAAAGUUGUCAAAUAUUUAUUACUGUUUUGCUUGAAAAUGAUCUGUAUUUAUAUUUUAUUUUGACUUUCUGUGGAAGGCAAAAGACUUUAGUCUUUUAUAGUAAUAUUUGAAGAGAGUCAAUUAAUGUUUUCUUUUAAACAUAAGCAGUCAUGACACUUUAUCACCACAAGUCAUCAUGUACUCACGACAGUGUAGUACUGCAGCAGUAGAUUAAAACAGAGCCACCGGGAUACCAGAAAUUUUAAGGGUCAAUAAACUCUUCACGUAUGAAUAAAGUGGAAACAGUACCAACAUUUCAUCACAAGCCUUUUUGCACAUGGUCUACUGAUGUAUUAUUUUCUGUUUUCCCAUGAUUAUUAGACAUGAUUUAAUCAUUAAGAUCAAUUCCAUUUAGUGUGAUUUAUGUAAAGGUCUUAGUUUACUCAUACUUUGCUCACUCAAAGCACAUUUAUCCGUUCAUUGGGUCAUGAUUUUUUUUUCCCUUACUCAGGUUUUGCUUUAUCUUAGACUUGAGUAUUAUCUAUUUGGUCUAAUGUGUCUCUUGUAUGUACACAUCAACAUAGCUUCAGUAUACAGGUUGGCUUUGUUCAGAUGUUUAGAUUCAGACUGUUGCCCAGGUUGUCCUUGUGCACACAAUAAACCAUCUCUUGUCAGUGUU